AGAAUAUCAAAAGCCCUCUGUCGUUCCCCAAGCCACCCGCCACCCUUUAUGCUGUCGACGCUCGUCCUAGCCGCAUUGGGACCGCCGCGAGUGCGGCAUUUUCCAGUAGCAUGUAGAUGAACAGAAGAUUCUGCUAUAGUGUUUUUCUUGUUUGAGUACUCUUUUGCUAAUUGAUUGAAACAGCUCUGAAAUGGCUUAUGGCGGCACUUCUGUAACUCCAACUGGGCCGCCAGGUAGCUCUACAUCAAUAAGGCAGGUGAAACUUGACAAAGAAUGUGAACUAAGAGUUGAAGUCAGUCCCGAUUCUCCGCUUCGCCUCCGGUUGCUCACCGGCACCGCCGAGAUUUUUGGAACGGAAAUUGCUCCGGAGAUUUGGUUGACUUUUCCACCGCGGCUCAAAUUUGCUGUUUUUACCUGGUACGGGGCAACAAUUGAAAUGGAUGGGACAACUGAAACUGAUUAUACAGCAGAUGAGACUCCCAUGAUCAGCUAUGUUAAUGUGCAUGCUGUGCUGGACGCUCGAAGACAUCGCGCCAAAGCUUCACCCAGUGAUUCUGAUGCUUCUCAGGGACCGAGGGUUAUCGUUGUGGGACCUACAGAUUCUGGAAAGAGUACAUUGUCAAGGAUGCUUCUUAGUUGGGCGGCUAAACAGGGAUGGAAACCUACUUUUGUAGAUUUAGACAUAGGCCAAGGAUCUAUAACAAUCCCUGGAUGCAUAGCUGCAACACCGAUUGAACUACCUAUUGAUCCAGUCGAAGGCAUUCCUCUUGAUAUGCCUCUAGUUUACUUCCAUGGCCAUGUGACACCUAGUGUCAAUGUAGAUCUUUACAAGGCAUUGGUGAAGGAGCUUGCUCAAAUUUUGGAGAGGCAGUUUGCAGGAAAUGUUGAAUCUAGAGCUGCAGGCAUGGUGAUUAAUACCAUGGGAUGGAUUGAAGGUGUUGGUUAUGAGUUGUUGCUGCAUGCAAUUGAUACAUUCAAUGCCACAGUUGUUCUGGUUUUGGGUCAGGAAAAGCUUUGGAGUAUGCUUAGAGAUGUUUUGAAAAACAAAGCUAAUGUAGAUGUGGUGAAACUUCAGAAGUCUGGUGGUGUUGUCUCUAGAAAUGCCAAAGUUCGUCAGAAGGCCAGGGCCUACAGAAUACGUGAAUACUUCUAUGGCCUUGCAAAUGAUCUUUCCCCGCAUUCCAACAUUGCAAAUUUCAGUGAUUUGUGCAUCUACCGGGUAGGUGGUGGACCACAGGCCCCACGUUCUGCCCUGCCAGCUGGGGCAGAACCGGCUGCAGACCCUACAAGAUUGAUUCCUGUUAGUGUUAACCAAGAUUUGCUGCAUCUAGUCCUAGCUGUCUCAUUUGCUAAAGAACCAGAUGAAAUUAUUUCCAGUAACGUUGCUGGGUUCAUAUGGAUCACCGACAUUAAUUUUGAAAGCAAGAAAAUCACAUAUCUCGCACCGUCUGCUGGAAAUCUUCCUGGUAAAUAUUUGAUCAUGGGAAGCUUGACAUGGUAUGAACCUUGAGCGUCUUCCCCUUGGAUUGCUCUAAGAGCUCUGUCUUAGCGUUGUACAAUUGAUGCAUUAGCCCAGAAUAGUUAUUGUAGUUUAGUGUACAAGUAUUGUCUUUACACAUGUAUGCAGUAUAUUCAUACUGGCAACUUCAGAGGGUUUAUACUGUAAUCCUUUUAGUUAUAAAUUUGUGCCGGAUAUAAUUUGUAAUAUUUUAACAUCAAACUUCUCUAUUUCCUUCC